AUGGACCCUCAGUAUCCUAGCAAUCCCACCAGGUCGUACGGGCCGCAAAUGAAGAUGACGAUCCAGCCCUCUCAGCACUCCGACAACGACCGGAGCAGCGGCGAGCUGCGCGCACUGGAUUGCAACCUCACGGCGCUCUGCGACCACAUUCAAUUGGAGGGCUUCAACUCCGGCGCCUUCUCCGAUAUGGUCGUCCACGCCAUGGGCUCCACCUACCACCUCCACCGCCUCAUUCUCUCACGCAGCCCCUACUUCAGGAACAUGCUUCAUGGACCUUGGAAAGAAGCCAAUGAGCCGGUUUUAACCUUACAUAUUGACGAUAAGAAUGUUAACGGAGAAGCAAUUGCAACGGCUUUGGCAUAUCUAUACGGCCACCACCCCAAGCUUAAUGAUAACAAUGCAUUUCGUGUUUUGGCUGCCGCUUCUUUUCUUGACCUUCAGGAUUUAUGUGCAAUAUGCACAGACUUCAUUAUAUCUGAAUUAUGGACUUCAAACUUCUUAGCCUAUCAGGUGUUUGCAGAGAGCCAAGAUUAUGGCAUACAUGGAGAACGAGUAAGAAAUGCUUGCUGGGGCUACCUUUGUCAAAGUGGUUCCAUGGAGUUGAAAGAGGUGCUUCCAAAACUUUCUGCCCAAACCUUGCUUGCAUUGCUGACCUCUGAUGAGCUCUGGGUACCCAGUGAAGAGAAACGGUUUGAACUGGCAUUGUAUGCAUUCCUUGCAAAAGGUGCUCAAUGCAAACAAGAAGAUUAUGAUCAUGGAAGUUCCAGUUCUGAGGCAGGAACAGAUACUCAAUCUGAUUCAUCUAAUGCAAAGGGAAAGAAUCUGAUGGGUAGUUUCACUAAUAAACGGUUGGAGUCUGAACUGGGGCGCUUAACUCUAAAAGAUGAUUUAGAGGGCCAUAAUACUGCUCGUAAUCUUCUGAUAGAGCUUGCAGACUGUGUGGUUGACUUCCAAACAGGAGUUUCAAAUUCCAAACAGCAAGUACAACAAGUUGCAUACCCUCAGUCCAAUUUGGAGCCAGGAUGCAACUGCAGCAUGGGUGGUCCUUCAUCAUUGAGUAAUUCAUUUUCAGAAAUUGAUGUAAUUAGAACUUCAUGUUAUACUGAAAUGCCAGUUGGUGUUGGAGCAAGUAGAUUGGGGGCAAAUGGAGUUGCUAUGGAAGGGCCAUCUGAUGAAGGAUCAUGCUAUCACUUAAAUAACAAUAGUUGGCUUGCCAGGGAUCAGUCAAGGCAAUGCUCUUCAAUGAACUCUUCCACUAGUGAGCUAAUGCCAAAUGAUUGGGGAAGAUGUGGCAUGCCUCCUCUUUCAUGGGGUGGCAGAACUGUAGGCAGAAGACAGCUUAAAGGUUAUGCUAAAGGGAACUUUGGGGUUGGUGGUGAGGAAUAUGAUGCAUUUGUUAAUAUAUUUGAAGGGGGUUCUCUUUUGUACUGCAACAUGUCUUUUGAGGCACUUCUUAGUGUAAGAAAGCAACUUGAGGAAUUGGGAUUCCCCUGCAAAGCUGUAAAUGAUGGUCUUUGGUUGCAGAUGCUGUUAAGCCAGAGAGUUCAAGAAACUGGUGCUGAUACAUGCAAAAGUUGCUGUCUUACAAGUUUAGCAUGCACUUGCAGACAGCAAUUUUCAUUCUCACAUGGAGUUACCACUGGAUAUUACAUGCAAGAGCACAAUCAGAAUAAUUCUCCUGGCGUGUAUGUUGCUGAGUCUGCUCCAGGUGAAGGAAAUGGCCUCUUUAGGCCUGUACGUGUGCAUGUUAGGGGUCCUAUUGAUGGGCUUGCUGGUAUUGGACGCGGAACUACAUUUGUCCCAGCGACUGCCUGGCCUCCAACUCGGUUUGUCUUUUCCCGUGUGCCAUUUGGCAUGGGCAACAGAAAUUGCCAGCAGUCUCUUGCAAAUGAUGAUUCAGAGGCUAGAGCUGACCAUAGUGGGGACCUGUCUGGGGAUGGAUUGACGGCUUUGGUUGGGCUAAGCCAAGGAGGGAACAAUGUAGCUAAUGCUCAUGGGGAGCAAACAGAGAGAGCCUAUGAGAUGGAUGUGCAAAGCCGAAUGCCUGUAACUUCCAUGGCAGUGCCAAGUACGAGUGGCAUACCUGUGCAGAUGGUAGAGUCGUCAGACCGUGCAAUUGGGAUUGAGUGGGAUAAUCCAAACAGUUCUUCCAUAUCAUUGGAUUUGAAAACACCUUUAAGCCACUUCCCUCCUUUCCGCUUUGGGGUGCAAUUUGAGGAUGUGCACAGGCUCAGUGAUGGCCAAGUGAAGCACUCUCCAGAAGUCUUUUAUGCUGGUUCUUUAUGGAAGGUUAGCGUUCAGGCUUUUAAUGAUGAAGACCCUCAAGGACGUCGAACACUUGGAUUAUUUCUUCACCGACGUAAGGCAGAGAUUACUGAUUCAUUUAGAAAGGUGCAGAUGUAUGUCGAUUCUCGUGAAAAGGUUACUGCCCGGUAUCAGUUAAUCUGUCCAUCAAAGAGGGAAGUCAUGGUGUUUGGAAGUUUCAAGCAAACAGGAACGCUUUUACCGAAAGCUCCAAAGGGCUGGGGCUGGCGAACAGCUCUGUUAUUUGAUGAGCUUGCUGAUCUUCUCCAAAAUGGGGCCUUAAGAGUGGCUGCUGUUGUGCAGCUUGUAUGA